GUAAAUAGCCAAAAUGUGGACAGUGUGGAAGCUAUCUUUGUUGUGCACUCAUAUUCUCGAAAUACAUAGACUAUUGUAUGCAGUAAACAUUUUCUACUCUGAGCACUACUCAAAAAUAAGCAGGUAAAAAUUGUAAAAGAUUUGAGAAAUGGAUCCCGCUUCAAAUAUUGUGGAAAAUGUAGUUGAACCAAAAAAUGACAGUGCUGGUGUAAUUCAAAUGGCUCCUGAAAAUAUUGACCACUCUAUCGAAAAUCAGAGCACUACAUCAACAGAUGAUAAAGACGAUGCCGAUUUAAUAAUUGAUGAUAGCGAAUCUGAUGAAUAUAGUUCAGAUAGCAAAAAAACUGCAGAUGUAGCAGAAACUGAGGAUUUAAUUAAGGUUACAGAAACUGCUAAGACCUCAUUGUUAUCAGAUGCGGAUGGCACAGUUGAAAUAAAUGAAAACACAGAAAUGAAAUCUGAGGACCCCAUCAUAGAAGCCUUAUCUAUUAAAUCAGACCAGGAAACUUCGGUUUCAGCCAAUACAAAAGUCGAUAAAAGCUCCACCGUUUCGGAGGAGAAUCCAAAGGUGGAUGUAAUAGAUGCGAAUACCAUAAGUGUAAUCUUACCCAAUGCUUCAAAAGCAAAUGUUCCACAAGAUACAUCAACAAUUAUAAUUGAAGACGACGAAGUUAAAAGAACUGAAGAAGUGGUAUUUAAAAAACGCACGCAAUCGUUGACGGAAAGAGAAGCCGAUGAACCUAAAACAUGUGAACUGGCUGCCGAAAACUCUAAAAAUGAAGUUGCGUCCUCUAUUGAAAACGUUAAUGAAUUUAAAGAAGUUGGUAAAAAUGCUGUUGAAGACAAAGACUUAAAUGUAUUUAAUGAGACACAGCAAGGCAAGGAGGCGGAACAAGUCACUAACCAAUCUGACCUUUUAAAUGACGACACUACAGAAAGGGAUCUAAGAUUGUCUAGUCAGGCUGACUUCAAUAACCAAAUUCUGGACAUUAUAUCGGACAUUGAUAUAAAUAUAAAGGCCCAGGAAAAAAUAACUCAACUUAAAGAGCAAGAACUGAAGCUUAUACAGAAACAGAACGAAUUGGCAAAUCAAAUACAUCAGCAACAAAUCUUAGCUCAGCAGCUGAAUGCCAAAAAUACAAAUAAACAAAGUCAAUGCCAACAACAAAAUGCGCGUGAUGUACUAACACUACAUCAAAAUAAUUUCGUCGUUAAAGAAUCCACAAAUAUAUCAAAGAACAUUGAUUUGCGCAAAAUAUUUACUCCUGCGACCGAUGCUACUGAAAUAUUGCCUAAAAAUAGAAAGCUAUAUGCCUCGUCUGCAUUUUAUUCUCCAACACUACACCCCACUGUGGAAGACCAAGUUGAGCUAGCACGAAGAAUAUCACAUUCACUAAGUGAUAUUAGUAACCAAACCUCUAAGGGCCAGUCAAUGUAUGUCAAUCGAAAAAAACGCUCAGACAAAUGGGUUCACGAAGGUAGAUCUCAAGGGAAUGAGAGCUCCAGUGACGUUGUAGAUCCAUAUAAAGAGAAUUCCGAAACGAAUUCCACAUUGGAACUUAGAAAGUUGGAAAAAAUGCCGCUAAAGCUUAUAAUGAACCCAAACGGAAGAGUCCGUGAUUAUAAUUCGCUCAAAGAUUUAAUUAACGUUGAAACUGGCCUGUUAUCGCCUGACAAUUGCGCUGAACUAAUAACUGCACUUCAACUUCAUCAAGGACGAGGUGCCGAACUGUUUGCAAAACGCCGCAGAAAGGCUGAUAAUUGGAUAGUCGAUGAAACCAAUUUAGAGACUCAAAAUCCUCCGUCUGGUAUUCCAGAUUACCAGCAGUAUCAACAAAAACCGGCUACAUCACCAAACAUUUUGCCAGCAUAUUCUGAUGCAGGAAAACAUCGCGUUCAGUUGAAUAUUCAUCAAAAUCAGUUAAUUGAAAAAUAUUCAAAGCCAGGAUUGCAGGUGGUUCAGUCUCCUUGGGAUGCAGCUUUACAAACUGGUUCGGCCAGUACGGCGUUUUUGGAAGAUAAGGAUAGCAAAAGUCAAUGUCUUUCCCCUGCUGCCGUAUCACCAACACCGUACUUCCAAAGUGGUAGGAGGGAUAUAACGGAUACUGUGGAACCUACGCACUAUAGUCCUCUGAAAGAUUAUAAAAAUGCCAAUGCUUCUACACCGCAAUCAAUCAAUGUACCCUCGAAUCCCCAAAGGGAUCUUGCAUAUACACCAGCCGUUGCUCAGGGCUGGGGAGGUCGCAAUGUGAAACUACCUAAAGAAUCUUUGCAAUAUUCCAUAACUGAAUCAUCGCCACAGACUCGCCUCCAAUUUUACUUAAAUAAUGAUAACCUGACUUCCAAUUUUGCCAUAGAUGUGCAAAGUCGAUUAUAUGAACUCGAAAAAUUUCAAAAAUUAUUUUUGGAACACCAGCCACUUGAAAUAGAAGUGUUACGGAACAGAGAUAGAGCUCAAGCUCAUAAUAGCUGUAAAGAUGUAAUGCUAAAAUUUGAAGUUGAAUUAUGUGAUAAUGACAAACAAGUCAAAGAUGUCCUAGAUGAGAAAUUAAAUGUGCGAGAAUUAAUACAAUCUUUUGAACAACAGAAUAUAUCGGAACUAAGCCAUUCUCAAAACGGCCUCGCAGCACCAAUAAAAUACGACAAUAAAGGCAAGGGCUUAUACGUACCGAAAGAGAUAUCUCUUUCUAGCUAUGCAGCACCUCCACAGCAGUACGCCGGUCACGAUGCACAUUUUGAGUCGCCGAACAAUGGCUCUGCUUCGCGCCCUUUAUCAAGGACCAACUUUUCUACAUACCAAAGUUCUGUUGGAAAUAAUGGAACUGGCCAGUUCCCAAUAUCAAAGGCGUUCUCACCCGAAUUAGGCACUGUACCGCCAAGGCAGCAGCUGUACGCGCCGUCUAGCUAUCAAAGAAUACCCGCAUUUGAAAACGUCGCGCCUCAGGUUAACUUUAACCCUGCGCCUUUGACCUUUGAUAAAAUGGCAAGAUACGAACAACCCAACAGAAAUAAUUCGACUAGUGCAAGCUCACAGUAUCUUAAUGUGAAACAAAAUUCGCGAGUGCGUAAUGUUUCGCCAACACCAUUUGGAAUUGUACGUAAUGAGCAUACGUCUGGAUCUUCUUUUUCAACUGGGUCAAUUGGAUCUCCCAACAGAUGUGGACCAUUGCCUGGCAGGCCAACUUCUCCACUAUCGAACAAAGUUCCAAUCUUUAACCAAUGUGCCAGAGGAUGGGGCUCUAUUUCAGACAAACAACAGACCUAUCAAAGUCCAUUCUCCUCACCACAAACUGGAAACUUACCAUACACUGAUUUUUAAAAAUUGCUGCACCAGCUUAACGAUUUACGACAAAUUUACUGACAAAUUUAUUUAUAAUAUUUAAUAUUUAUUGUGUUCUGUUUAUUUGAUUUUGUAAAAUAAUAAUGGUACUACAACGGA